CCGCCCCGCCGACGGCAAAGUUGUGCCGCCAGGUCGGGACGCCGCCGCUCGCUCCGUCCCGUCCCGUCCCGUCCCGUCCCGUCCGCGGGUAGAGUAUCCGCGCCCCCGGCCGCGGCGCCGGCCGAUGGAUCCCGAGGCGGCGGGGGACGAGCUGUCCCGCCUGCGCGCCCUCUUCCUGGCCUGCGACGCCCGCGGCUCGGGCCGCAUCGAGCGGGAGGACUUCGCGGCGCUCUGCGCCGAGCUGCGGGUGCGGCCGGCCGAGGCCGAGGCCAUCUUCCAGCGCCUCGACAGCGACCGCGACGGGGCCAUCACCUUCCCCGAGUUCGCCCGCGGCUUCCGCGGCGCCACCCGGCGGCGCACCGGCGGCGGCGAGCCGGAGGGCGAGGGGGAGGCGGCGGCGGCGGCCGCCGCCGCGGGGCUGGAGCAGCCCUGGAGGGACUUCGAGGUGCGCCUCGGGGACGAGGCCAGGUACAUCCCCAGACAAGAGCAGGUCAGUGUUCUGUAUCAGAACAUACACAUAGCAGAACCAAGAUUAAUCCAGCCAUACGAACAUGUCAUUAAGAACUUCAUCCGAGAGAUCAAACUUCAAAGCACAGAGAUGGAAACUUUGGCCAUCGCUGUAAAAAGAGCUCAGGAUAAAGCGGCAGUUCAGCUCAGUGAGCUGGAGGAAGAGAUGGAACAACGAAUACAGGCUGUGGAGCAUAAAGUUAAAAAGGAAGAGAAGCGAAAAGCUGAAGAAGCACUAAAUGAGCUGAAGCGCCAGUAUGAUGCUGAAGUUGGGGAUCUUCAGGUGACAAUAAAAAAACUUAAAAAGCUGGAGGAGCAAUCAAAAAAUGUAAAUCACAGGGAAGAUGUGGUUGAAUUGAGAAAAAGAAUACAUGAUAUGUUGCUGGAAAAUCAGAAACUUAAGAAAGAUCUUUUAGAAGCACAGACAAAUAUAGCUUUUCUACAGAGUGAAUUAGAUAGCUUGAAAAGCGAGUAUGCAGAUCAGACUCUGAACACUGAGAGAGACCUAGAAAUGAUCCGAGAGUAUACUGAAGACAGAGAUAACCUGGAAAGACAAAUUGAAAUACUUCAAUCAGCUAACAGAAAGCUACAUGACAGUAAUGAUGGUUUAAGAACUGCUCUUGAAAACAGUUUCAGCAAAUACAACAGAUCAUUGCGGUUAGCAAACACGUCACCAGGAAGUACCAUUUCUAGAAGCAGUCCUAAAUUUAAUGGUGGACAGUCUCCUCUAAACCCACGAUAUGACAGAUCAUCUCAUUCUUCUUGUGUGGAUGAAGAUUAUGAUUCUUUAGCCCUUUGUGAUCCUAUGCAAAGGAUAAACUAUGAAGUUGACAGCUUACCUGAGAGCUGUUUUGACAGUGGUUUGUCUACCCUGAGAGAUUCAAAUGAGUAUGAUUCAGAAGUGGAAUACAGACAUCAAAGGAUUUUUCAAAGGUCACAGUGUAUGCAAGAAAGCUUUGGUGGUGAUGCUUCUGAUACAGAUGUUCCAGAGAUCAGGGAUGAAGAAGCAUACAGUCCUGAUAACACCCGUACACUAUUAGACUGGAAGACCUCACAACCAGUAAGUCGAAGCAGCUCAAUUGCUUCAACAAGGAAAUACAUAUCUGCUCUCACCCCUCAGAGGGGUUCUUUUUAUUUUCAGUCAGAUGCAACUGAAUGUACUCCGAAAUACCCCAGUUCAGAGAAAGCUUACAAGAUUGUUCUUGCUGGAGAUGCAGCAGUGGGAAAAUCCAGUUUCCUUAUGAGACUUUGCAAGAAUGAAUUUCGAGGCAAUACCAGUGCAACCCUGGGUGUGGAUUUUCAAAUGAAAAGACUAAUUGUUGAUGGAGAACCUACAGUGCUACAACUGUGGGACACAGCUGGGCAGGAAAGAUUCCGAAGUAUUGCUAAAUCAUACUUCAGAAGAGCAGAUGGUGUCUUACUGCUAUAUGACGUAACGUGUGAAAAAAGCUUUCUUAAUGUGCGAGAAUGGGUGGAUAUGAUCGAGGAUGCAACUCAUGAGAAUAUUCCAAUUAUGAUGGUGGGAAACAAAGCAGAUCUCCGCCAAGCCAUUACAGAACAAGGGCAAAAAUGUGUGCCUAUGAAGUAUGGAGAAAAGCUGGCUAUGACUUACAGUGCACUAUUCUGUGAAACAAGUGCUAAAGAUGGAUCUAAUAUUGUAGAAGCAGUUCUUCAUCUUGCUCGGGAAGUACGAAAACGAAGUGAUAAUCAAGAUGAUACGAGGACUGGGCCAUUGGUAUUUUGGGUACUGCUUUUUGUUCAUUUUAAUGACCAAAAUCUCUCUUGUGUUUGACCAGAUUAUAUAAACUGAAUCCCUUUUUUUAAGCUCUAAUUUUUAUGUGUCAUGUAAAGCAACUUUCAUUUGAAACUGUGUUGUUUUUUAAAUAAGAUUCAGGGUUAGAAACUGUUAAUAAAGUUUUACCUUGGAGUAGUUUUAUGUUCAAUGUCUAAAUUAUUAAAAAAGCUCUACCAAAUGGGGAUAUAGCUGUAGCUCAGUUGGAACUGGUUUUAGAAAUCCUAUGAUGAUCAGCUCCAUCAAGUCUGAAUAUUCAUAUAAUACCAUGUAGAAUUCAUGUUAUAAAGCAAAGAACUUGGAAAACAAUUAUUUAAAUAUCGAAAUGAAAGCAUGUAUCUAACGUGGAAAUAAUGAAUAUGUAAAGUUUUCUGUUGGUUUGCUUUGAAAGGUUACCUUGCCUUCUACCUAAAAUGUAAAAUGGCAAACAUCAGCUUUAUGUUCUGACAUGGUUGCACUAUUGUACUUCAGAUGUUUUUAUGGUUUAGUUUAGUACAUAAGAACUAUUCAUUUAAUUGCACAAUGUUGUUUUUUUAGUUAGUGGAUGUGUCCCUUAAUACAUGUAUUUAUUUGAAAAGGAAAGGCCUUUCGUGUUUUUCCUCAUGAUCUGUAAAUAAAUUAUUUUUAUUUAGUUGACAUGGAAGUAUUAUUUUAUCCUGUAUUGUUUCUGACCCUUUUAAAUUAUGGCGUAGUACACGUUUGUGAGGCAAUAAUUUCUGUAAGUCACUCUGAAAAUGUUUUGAUUACAUAAGUUCUUGUAACCACUUUGCACCUGUUUAACACACAUUAGUGGCUUAAGAAAAGCUGCAGCUUCUUUUAAUUGUUCUUAGAAGUACAGUUAUGGCCUUACAUGGUUUAAGUAUUUUUCUGUGUAACUAUUUUUGUGUUGUCUACAAAAUCCUCUGUUAUUUUAGGAAAAAUAAAUUACAGUUUUAAAUCUGUAUAGCCUGUUAAAAUGUAUUCCAUUCCAAGGAAAAUAUCUACAGGCCACUCAUGCAAGGAGCAUCAUGUAGAUGUGCACCCAUGCAGAUCCCCAAUUAAGCUAAUAGGUUCUGUGCUACUACAGACAAUCUGUUCAUAUAUAGAUCCUUUUAAAGAGAUUUUCUUUUUUCCCCAAUCUACUGCUGUACAACAAUGCUAGGUAACUUUUUAGGGAACAAGACUUCAGUGAAAGAUCCCUAAUUCAUAAACGAAAGGGACGUAUUUUUUCAUAUAGUCAAGGCACUUUAUUAUAUUACAAAGAAACCUACUUCCAAGAGGUUUCUGACUGUAUUAGGUAAUCCAAUAUCUCAUAUGCAGUUCAAAUACCCUUACCACUACCCCUGCCAGAUUUGAUACAGCAUGUAAUGCUAUCCCUCUGACCCUGUCCAGGAUACUUAUGGAUGGAGAAGCUUUUUUACAGCCCUAGUUAUUUUAGUAUUUCUCUCCCGCUGUAUUACUAUGAAGCCUAAUCCUUUCUUAUUGGUAUCCUUAGGACUGGUAACAUCAAUAUUCAUCAUUAUUCUUUUUUUUUUUUUUUUUUCACCUAUCUUGCUUUGUGAGAAAACUCUUCUUAUGGUAAAAGAAAAUUUGACUUAGAUAUGUGGAACGUAGGCUCAAAUGUGUUAGUUUGUAAAAAGAAGUCCUUUUUCUACAAUUUCUGCUCUUUGAGUUAUGGCUAUAGAUAACUGGGUUUAUAGGAAAUUAGUCAUUAGGUGGCUGAGUAACAAAUAAACCCAAGCUGUGAAGGUUUCCUACUGAAUAUAAAGUUAAGUAUUUGAAAUAGUAAUGUAUUUUCAUACUAGUAUGAGGAAGAAAUUCAGUGCCAAUUGCGUGUGCCAACUUCUAAUAAAAGUCUGUGUAUUAGAUAAGAAGGCUCUAAAUUGUGAAAACUUUUGAAACUUUUAAUUUAUACUGUUUACAAGUAGAAGUGUGGUGUUCAUGCAGUUUGUUCCUCCUCAAAACUACAGAUCACUGCAUUCACUGUAAUUUUGUACAUAUAUAUAUGUUUAAAAAGAACUACCCAUUUUUGGUAUUACAAAUUGCUGUAUAAUAAAAUGUUUCAAUAGC